AUUUGUUGAGUGGAAUGUAUGGCAUACGGCGCUUCAUUUGCUUCUGCCUAAUUCGAGUCCUGGCCGAUUAUGCGGUCGAAAUCCCUAGAGUUUUAUUGGCGCGUCGGGCGCGUCUCUCAGCCUGGUGUCCAUUUCGUGAAGUGAGCGACAUAGCCAUGCCCACGUUUUUCACAUCUCUAUCAGCUAGACGACGAAAACAUGGACGGUAUUUUCAAGAAACGCCCGUCUGAUGAACAAGCUGCCGACUUAGCCGCCAAAACCCGAUCCGAAAAGCGACAGGCAACAGCGACUUCCGAUUCUCUAGUCGACCGUCGCGAGCCUGAUCUGCGAGCGGGGCACUACGGAAUCGGAAUUCAAAACGUGGGCGGCGGAAGCAUUUCUAUCGGAGGAGACGCGAUUUUUGGAGAUUCACAUACCCAGUGCCUUAAGGACUUACGAUCCACCGACCCACGCGACGACAAAAAGCGUAUCCAGGACGCAAAAGGCGGCCUACUCAAAGACUCAUAUCGCUGGAUACUCGAACAUAGUGAUUUUAUCCGAUGGCGAGACGACCCACAAAGCCGCCUGCUCUGGAUUAAGGGCGAUCCUGGCAAGGGGAAGACGAUGCUGCUCUGUGGCAUUAUUGACGAGUUGGAGAGAGAGUUAAAGCUGAAUAGCGAAGCUAGGAUUCUUUCCUUUUUCUUUUGCCAGGCUACCGACGUGCGGAUCAAUAACGCUACGGCGGUACUACGAGGUCUCAUCUACCUACUCGUCGACCAGCAGCCGAUCCUUAUCUCGUACGUACAGAAGAAAUACGAUCACGCGGGGCAACAACUGUUUGAAGACGUAAAUGCAUGGGUGGCCUUGUCUGAUAUCCUUUCCGAUAUCUUGCAAGACUCUAGACUACACAGAUUCUAUUUCAUCAUCGAUGCACUCGAUGAAUGCGAGUCAGAUCUGCUAAAGCUUCUCGAGUUCAUCAUUCGGACAUGCUCUUCAUCUCGAGUCAAGUGGAUUUUGUCUAGCCGCAAUAGAGACGAUAUCGACCUUAUGCUAAGGCGUACCGAGUCCAGAACGAGAUUAGGCUUAGAGCUAAAGGAAAACGCAGAGAAAAUAUCCCGCGCUGUGGAUACUUAUAUUAGCCGUCGUAUUUCCGAACUAGCAACGGUUAAAGGCAACCAAUUGCUCCAAAAUCAAGUUGGUGAUAUAAUGCGGUAUAAGGCCCAGGGGACAUUUUUGUGGGUCGCUCUUGUCUUUCAAGAGCUUCAAAACGCAAGAAGCUGGGAGAUAUUAGACAUUUUGGAUGAAAUCCCACCGAACCUGGAAAAGUUAUAUCGUCGGAUGAUACAACAUAUUCAACGGCUACAGCGCAAACGGCUCGACUUGUGCCGAAGCGUUCUCUCAACGGUUAUUGCUGCCUAUCGCCCGCUUUACUUGGAAGAACUAGCUAUUCUAUCUGGCUUACCUAGGUCAAUACCGACAGAGGAAAUCAUAGAUAUUUGCGGAUCUUUCCUCACGAGACGAGACAAUAUUGUCUAUGUCGUUCACCAGUCUGCUAAGGAUUUUUUAUCGACAAAUAUAUUCCUCUUUCCUAGUAGUAUUUACGAGAAACAUCACGCUAUCUUCUCGAUAUCGCUCCAGGUUAUAUCUCGUACCCUCCAUCGGAAUAUGUACGACGUACGGAAUCCAGGAUAUCUCAUCCAACAUAUUAAAACGCCACAAACAGAUCCUUUAGCUACCGUACGCUAUGCCUGCAUUUACUGGGCUGAUCAUCUCCGCGACGCAGACAAAUUAGAUACCGAGAGUGGUAUUGAACUCUCUAGGUUUCUGUGUGAGAGAUUCCUCUACUGGCUUGAAGCCCUUAGUCUAUUAAGAGGUCUACCAGAAGGUGUAGUCUCGAUGACAAAGCUUGAGGCUUUCCUUCGAAAACGAAACGACCCCUCGCUUAUUGAGCUAGUCUACGAUGCCUACCGAUUUAUGCUUCAAUAUAGAUGGAUAAUCGAGAAUGCUCCUCUCCAGGCAUAUGUAUCAGCACUCAUUUUCAGUCCAAUUCGCAGCUUAAUACGGCGAAAUUUCAAACAAGAGCAGCCAGACUGGGUCACAAUAAAGCCAACACCAGAAGUAGAUUGGAAUGGCUGCCUCCAGAACCUCGAGGGCCAUAACCACCUGGUCAACUCAGUGGCCUUCUCGCCCGACGGCGGCCGGCUGGCCUCGGCCUCUGACGACCGCACCAUCAAGCUCUGGGAUGCCAGCAGCGGCGCCUGCCUCCAGACGCUCGAGGGCCAUAGCGACCGCAACAACUCAGUGGCCUUCUUGCCCGACGGCGGCAGCAUCGUUACAGAUUGCAAUUAUAUUACCCUUGACUGUAUACCUAACACGGGAAUUCUAGUUGAUACUCUACAAAAAUCUCGUAAUAGUAUCUGUAAUUACGGUAUAAGUGGAGACUGGUGUGUAUGGGAAGAUCAGAACGUGCUUUGGUUGCCUCCUAACUACAGACCUGCAUGUUCGGCAGUAGCGUUACAGACCAUUGCAAUCGGGUGCCGUUCAGGACAAAUCUGUGUUAUCAAGUUCUCAAAGAACUGAUUUAUGAAUGAUUAAAAAUGUGUUAACAUUUUCCCUCCCUCUCUUAAUGUCCCUCCUUUUUCUGAUAUCUUUAUUUUCAUAGGGUUCUAGGAGGUGGGAAGGUACGGCCAAGUGUAGGGCUACAAAACCCCGCCUCAAACUAGAAGUAACCUUCAUAGAAGAAGAAAAAAAC